AUGACUCUUCUUGAAUUUCUUGCUAACCCAUAUGAUGAUAAUGAUCAUCAGGAGAUAUCAAGAUGGGCCAUUUCAACUUUUCAAGCUAGAGAGGAAGAGAUUGAGAGAAGGAAGAUGGAGGUCAAGGAAAAGGUUGAGCUUCAGUUAGGCCGAGCUGAAGAAGAAACUAAACGCUUAGCUAGGAUUUGGGAACAACUAGAAGAAAUGCAAGAUCCAUUGAGGAAGGAAGUUGCAAAUGUGAGGAAGAGAAUCGACAUGGCGAAUCGAGAGCUAAAGCCUCUUGGACGGAGCUGCCAGAAAAAGGAGAAAGAAUAUAAAGAAGCAUUAGACCUGUUCAAUGAGAAAAGCAAAGAAAAGGCUCAGCUUGUCAGCGCAUUAAAGGAGGUAUAUAUAUUGUCUAUUUUUUAA